AUGAAGUUGGAAUGGAAGACAGUUUUUUUCGAACUCGGCGGAGAUUCGAUCAGUGCUAUCACACUGGUUGGUAUGGCGCGAGAGGAACACAACUUACAAAUCAAAGUUGCCUCGUUAUUUGCAAAUCCCACUAUACAUGAGAUGGCACAAACCUUGGAAUUCGUUACUCCAGAGUCAAUGCAAACUUGGGCUCCCUUUUCCAUGCUGAAGACAUCGGAAUUGCAAGCAAUUACCGAACAGGCAAUUGAACAAUGUCAAGUCAGCAGAGACCAAAUUGAAGACAUAUAUGGUUGCAUUUCAUUGCAAGAAGGGCUCAUGUCUUGGAGUGCAAGGAAUCCCGGCUCUUUCCAGGCACGCUUCAUCUUUCGCCUCCCCGACACUAUUGAUACCCAAAAAUUCCACGAAGCCUGGUGUUAUACCUCUAAUUCCACACCUAUAUUUCGCACUCGCAUCAUCCAGACGGAUGCUUCUUUCUGA